UCCAUUCGAGACGCGUUCGUGUGCGGUUGAGUUGCGUUACGUUACGCUGCCCGUUUGACUGUUUAACCGCUUUGUGUGAAACGGUUGAGAAAUCAAAUUAAUAUACGCGCUGCCGCCGAGUGCAUUUCAAAUAUUUACGUAUAUAUAGUCAUGCGUCUGCUUUUGCUCCUGAUGAUGGCCUGCCUGGCCUAUGGGCAGCAGCAGCAGGACUACUGCUUUGGCAAGGAUACGGAACGGCCACAGACGCGCCAGUUCAGCUCGAAGACGGCCUACCAGAUCGUCAAGGGCACCAACAUGGACAAGCAGUACCAGGUGCCCGGCUGUGAGCCGAAGAAGAUGUGGAUCUACCACAGACAUGGCACACGUCUGCCCACGCCAGGCACCAUCAGGGAGGCGCCUAGACUGGAGGAGCUACGCGAUGCCAUUAUCAAAAACUAUCGCGUGCUCCGCACCAAGCCCGACGAGAAUGCUCUGUGCCUCAUCGAUCUCACUGCCAUCCAGAUGUGGAAAUGGAAUGCGAGCAUUACGGUUGACAUUGCGGAGCAUUUGACCAGCCAGGGCUACGAGGAUAUGCGCGGCACAGCCAAGCUCUACCAGCGCUACUAUCCCACAGUGCUGCCCGGCAAAUACAAUGACAGCUACUAUUUGUUCCGUCACACGGACACUCAGCGCACCGCGGAGAGCUUCAAGGGCUUUGCCGAGGGUCUCUUCGGAGAUGCGAGUGUGGCCACGGCUGCGGAUAUACCCGACAAGGAUUUGCUGCUGCGUCCCUAUGACUACUGCUCGGACUUCAAGGACAAGAACUACAAGGGCGAGGGCUCCGAGUACCAGAAAUAUCGCACAAGCGCCAUCUGGAAUCGCACCAUGGCUGAUAUUACGAAACGACUUGGCUUCACAUUCCUGGCCGAGGAUGACAUCAAGUUGAUGUUCGAUAUGUGCCGCUAUGAGCAGGCCUGGCGGGUGGAUCGCACGAGUGUGUGGUGCGGCGUGUUCCUGCCGGAGCAGGUGACCGUGCUGGAAUAUGCCGAGGAUCUGAAGUACUACUACGGCACGGGCUACGGCUUCGAGGAGAACACUCGCUUCAAUUGCCGUGCCGUCCAGGACAUGGUCGCUCGCCUGAGCAGUCCCGUUUCGCCACAUGUUGUGGCCUACUUCGCGCACUCGUCGGGUCUGCAGACGCUGCUCACGGCGCUGGGCAUCAACAAGGACGACAUCAAGCUGCGCGCGGAUAACUACGAUUCCACGGCCAGUCGUCGCUGGAAGACCAGCCAGCUGGGUCCAUUUGCCGCCAACUUUGUGGGCGUCAAAUACCACUGCCCCGCCUCGCUGGAGAAGGAGAAGGUUGUCUUCUUCCUCAAUCAGAAUGCCGUUCAGCUGGACUGGUGCAACGUCGGCCUGUGCAACUGGUCGGACGUACUCGCCCAGUACAAGACCAUUUUGGAGGCCGACUGUGAUGAGUAUUACUGUCGAUCGGCUGCAUCCGUGGGCCGUGCCUCGAUGCUGGUCACCGGACUAAUCGCUGCCAUUGUCUACUUAAUGCACUAGAAACUGGCAAGGAUCGGGAGUGGAUCUGUCAAGGCUCCAUAGAAGUUUUCCCAAAAACUCCGACACAGAACCGUCACCGAUCCAACUUAGUUUAGUCUCUAAUAUGUAAUGUACAAAAUUCGUACCAAAAAAACAAAAUCAAAAAAACA